CUAUGACAGGCUGCAGUCUAGGUACCAAGAAGGGAAGCAGGCCUGAUGCUCAGACCUUCCCUCAUCUUCCAGUCACUUCUUCCUCCUUCCUUCCAUUUCCAAAGCACUCCACUUCUACAGGAAGUGGUCAGAAAAAAUGGAAAUCUUGAGAUUGGCCCAAUCAAAGAAGAACAUUAUCAGCUUGAACAUGGACCUCGAAAGGGAUAUGCAGAGAAUAGAUGAAGCCAACCAGGAGCUGCUUCUCGAGAUACAAGAAAAAGAAAAUGAAAUCCAGAGGCUAGAACAUGAGAUCACCCAGACUGGGGACCCUGCAGAAGACGAGGAGUGGGAGAAGGAAAACUUUACUGUGAUGGAAAGAGAACAAGCUCUGCAGGAGCUGGAGGAAGAAACAGCCAGAUUGGAGAGGAAGAAUGAGACUCUGGUCCACAGUAUUUCAGAACUUCAGAGAAAGCUUACAAGAAAAUCACAAAAGGUAAUCAGGUGUGAACAAGGUGAUCUAGAAACAACCCCAGAAGAGUCCAAGGUUAAAUUACAACAGUUGGAGUCUUCCUGUGCAGACCAGGAGAAGGAGCUCGGCAAGAUAAUGGAAGACUAUGUGUUUGUGUCUCAGCUCUGUGAAGAUCAAGCUCUCUGCAUAAAGAAGUACCAGGAAGCUUUGAAGAGGAUAGAAGAAGAACUAGAAACUGGAUACCUUGAGAGAGAAGUAUCAAAAGUCUUAAGCAUGGAUUCUGAGAGAGAAAGGAGUACGAACCUAAAUAAGAUGGAUGGUUUCAUCAGUAAAGGGGCACUGAGGUUCAGUAAAAGUAUUUUUCGUUCCCUCUUGUUCUCCACGCUGUUUUUCAUCAGAUUGCUGGGAUACCUGAUCUUCCAUUUAAGUUUUAUAAAUCCCGACCUCCUGGUCAACGCACUGCCUAAGAUACUGAGCAGGGACGUCUUGUGGAAGCUGAGAUGUUUCCUCUUUCCAUCUCUCACGCUUGAGACAGAAGACAUGUUACCCCACUGAUCCCCAAGCCAUAUCUGAGGGCAGCGGAAGGCAGGAGGGAUGCAGGCUUGCAAAUGGCAAGUGGCAAAAUCUGUGGAGGGGAGAAGUGUGCCUCAGCUUUUCCCUCAAGGUUGGCCUACUUAGUGACCAUCUGUCUCAAUGUCACGUUUCCAGGAUUAACCUUGCCCAGUAAAGA